UCUCGAACACAAACACACUUGUUUUCUGUUUCACGAUGACAUUUGAAAAUCAAAAUUUUAUUGUGGUCGGUGGAGCUAAAUUGGGAGGCAUUGGUUUAAAAUUCAUCCGAGAACUUUUUUUGAAUGGAGUUGAGAAUGUUGCAACAUUCGAUAUUUGUGAUCUAAGCGACGCUAUUGCCGAAUUGAAAUCCGAAUUUCCCGAUAAAACGCUUCUAUUCAACAAAGUUGAUGUUCGCAAGCAAGCCGAAAUUGAGACUGCUUUCAAAGACGUUGUAAAUGCGUUUGGUCAUGUCGAUAUCUUGGCGAAUUUUGCUGGAAUUUUCAACGAGCAGAAGCCAAUGGAUGUCAUCGAAAUUAAUCUUCUUGGAGUUAUUUAUGCUACAUUGAUUGGAAUCGACCAUAUGAGCAUUGCAAAAGGUGGACGAGGAGGAACGAUAUUGAAUAUGGCUUCAAUUUGUGGCCUAGAUCCAUUUUUCUGGGGUCCUGUUUAUUGUGCUAGUAAACAUGGUGUCGUCGGUUUUACUAAAUCGCUUGCUGAAAAGGAGCUGGAAUCCGAAUUGGGCAUAAAAUUUAUCAUCAUUUGUCCUGGCUUCACAGAAACCACUCUCUUAACCAAGGUGGACUCGACGUUAUACGGACAAAAUGUUGCUUCAGAGCGUCCGCAAGAUAUAUAUGGGAUACAAACAGUGGACCAAUGUGCCAAAGGUAUAGUAGAGGUGAUGAAGAAAUCAAAGAAUGGAGAGGCCUGGAUUUUGAGCAAAGGAUAUCAUAAGAAAGUGGACUUUCAACUCUAUUACAAAAACAAUUGAAUAAAAUUUAUUUUUGAAAUAUCAUAAAAAUUAACAAUAACAAUGUUGCCUCAUCCAAUUUUAAACGAAAUGAAUGCAAAUCAUUUGAAUCACUGCACUGUUCUAUAAGAUAUUGUGGAAUAAUAUUAAAAUAAAGAAUUAAAUUCGCAAUUUUUUGUGGUCAA